UUUUUCUUAACUUAUUUGUUGUUUCACUCCCUCUAGUUUUUACCUUUUACAAACAAAAGCUAAAAAGCUCACCUGACACUGACCGGCGCCGGCGCCGGCAAACUACCAGCUAUGGAAGCUGAUAAGUGGGCAAGUUUUUCAGAAGGAACUAGUGAUUCUGAAGGCUACGGAGAGGAUCCUGAUGAUGAUGACCAUUGUUGUGCAUAUGCAUCCACUGAUAUACCCAAGUUGCAGUUCAGGAAAGAUAUCUCAAGAUCACGGUGGCUUGAUCCAUUAGGAAUGGCUGAGGUCGUGGAGAGGAAGGGUGGAUUGUGGACAACUACUGGGAUAGUUCGUUAUGGCAAGAUAUAUUGCUUCAUCGAAGAGAUUUUAUAUCUUACCGAAAUUGGGGCUCUACAUCUCCUCAGUAAAGAUGACACGCCCCUUUCUCUGGAACAUGUAUACAACAAGGUUGCAGAAGGAAAAAGUGGAUGUUCCUUGGAAUAUUAUGAAGCAUAUAAGCACUUGAAAUCUCUUGGUUAUAUAGUUGGGCGUCAUGGGAUUCCUUGGUCAGUAAGAAGGUCAAAAGUAAAUUGUGUUGUUAAUCAAGACACGCCGGAGCCUGCUCAAAGUGAAGAUGAAGAAUCAAGAAACAGUAUUCUCAUCUCUGAAAUGAUUAAUAAUAUGCAGAUUGGUGGAUUGAGACUGGCCUUUGACGUUUACCCUCCCAAUAGCAGAUUCAGAAAGUCUGCUCCUGGUGAUCCCUGUUUUGUACUUUGUCUUGCUAGUGAGUAUCCACCUUCCAAAGAAGAAAUUGAAGAUCUUGAGAGACAUUCGCAUGGUAUUCCGUUGAAAUUCUGUCUUGUUGAGCAUGGACGUUUGAGCUUUUUCUCAUUCAACAAAGUUGAGCUCCCUAUCCUUCCAUGAUCCUUUCGAGCAACAGAUACAAAUCUUGGCAUGCCCUGUGAAGAACUAUGGUACAAUUAUGAAUUUUCAGUUUGUGGAUUGAUGUUUAAUCGUUGUGUAAUCACAACACAUUAUUAAUGAAACAGCAGAUAACAUGUCUCGUCUUCUUUGCCUUCAGUGUUAAUGUAUGUGUUACAAUGGUGAAAUUUACUUUAAACUAAUCUAUCUGUUAAGAUGAGGUAUAACAGUAUUUUACUCUUUGUCAGAGCCCCAGAAACACUUUUAUCCCUUGGCUGCUGGACUGCUCUAUCAUUUUUAGCUCUUUUGCAUCAGUCUGUUCACAACUUUAUCAGCUUUCCAUCCACUUUGUCAACUUCUGAAAC